AUGGAGACGGAGCACGGCGCGCCGCUGCGUGGGCUGGCAGAGCUGGCAGAGCGGAGUGCGAAGCGCACACGGCUUGUUUACGCACGCACAGUGCUCAAGACACCUGGCGUGGAGAGCGACCCUGCUUUGCGUGCGUAUUUCUCGACAAAAAUAGCGCGCGAAUACGGCGACGUGCAAAUUUUGCCCGACGUCAUUCGUGCGCAGCAAGGCGCCACAGCGACGCCCCGGAGCAAGGCAAAAGAUACGGGCGCAAGUAUGGAAAUGGCGCAUGUGCUCGAUACACUCGAGUCGGAGCGUGGAAUCGGUCCGACGGCCGCGCCGAGCGCCAGCGACGGUACGGUAUCGGUGCGCGCCGCUUUUGCGGCCAAACCACGCAGUGAAUCGCAGCUUGAGUCGGCGCUGAUCGGCACAAGUGAUGCAAACCAUGCUGCCGACGGCCAAUCGAUGCUGAGCCGUGCCCUCCAGCGGAAAAAAGAACUUGCACGGCGGGAGGCGCAACCGACGCCCCAUCCCCAAUGGAAGCUCAUGCGCGUCAUUUCUGGCCACCUUGGCUGGGUGCGCUGCAUGGCCGUGGAGCCAAACAACCAGUGGUUUGCGACCGGUGCUGGCGACAGAAUGAUUAAACUGUGGGAUAUGGCGUCUGGCCAGCUGAAACUUUCGCUUACCGGCCACAUUUCCACAGUGCGUGGCCUGGCAAUCAGUGCACGGCACCCGUACAUGUUUUCUGCAGGCGAAGAUAAGCUGGUCAAGUGCUGGGAUCUUGAGACGAACAAGGUCGUGCGCCAGUACUACGGCCAUCUCUCGGGAAUUUACGCACUUGGACUGCACCCCACGCUCGAUGUGGUAGUCACAGCAGGCAGAGAUGCUUGUGCGCGUGUCUGGGAUAUCCGGACCAAGGCUCAAGUUCAUGUCUUGAGUGGGCAUCGUGGCACUGUAGCGAGUGUGCUCUGCCAAGAAGCCGAGCCGCAAGUAAUUACAGGCAGUAUGGACGCAACGGUCAAGCUCUGGGACUUGGCGUCGGGGCGGUGCACCAAUACACUUACCCAGCACAAGAAAUCUGUGCGUGCACUAGCACUUGCGCCGCAUGAGUAUACGUUUGCGUCGGGAAGUGCGGGUGGGCGCAAUAUCAAGCGGUGGCGGUGCCCCGAAGGAACGCUGCUGAACAACAUGACAAACGAAGGGAUUGUGAAUACGCUUGCCGUCAACCCGGACGGUGUGCUGUUUUCCGGGACGGAUACAGGGUCUAUACGGUUCUUUGAUUACGAUACAGGGGUCCCUUUUCAGUCUAUCGAAGAUAUCGUGCAGCCCGGCUCGCUCGAUGCCGAGGCUGGGGUUUUCUGCUCUACGUUUGACCAGACAGGCACGCGACUGCUUACAGGCGGCGCGGAUAAGACAAUCAAGGUUUACCGCGAAGUGUAG